AUGUUGUCGACCCAUGGAUACACCGGACGUUUUAUCAAGGACCACUGCGUGUAUGGUCAAGCUUCCAUAGUGCUGUCUGAUAACAUGGCGGCAUUGUCUAAGUGGAGUUCUAAUCCUAGUGAUACUUUUGGGAGGAAGACCAAGAUCAUAUGCACUAUGGGACCAUCAUGUUGGGAUGUUGAUACCUUGGUAAAGAUGAUCGAUCAGGGUAUGAACGUGGCGAGACUCAAUUUUUCUCAUGGUGAUUUUGAAACCCACGGUGCUACGGUCCAGCGUAUUCGAGAGGCAUUGAAGCAGCGUCCUGGGAAGCAUGUUGCGGUCCUUCUGGAUACUAAAGGGCCUGAAAUUAGAAGUGGUUUUUUCAAAGAGUCUGGUGGCAAGGUUAAGCUAGUGGCUGGUAAUGAGCUUAUCCUUACUACUGACUAUGGUUACAAAGGCGAUUCUGAUAUGAUCGCAUGCAGUUAUAGUAAACUGCCUCAGAGUGUCAAGCCUGGGUCUACGAUCCUAAUGGCUGAUGGCACUGUCAGUUUGAAGGUUAUUGAAUGCCUCGAGGACAGCGUUAGAACUCGGGUUAUGAACAAUGCUAUCAUUGGUGAACGUAAGAAUAUGAACUUGCCUGGGGUUAAAGUGGAUCUGCCAUGUAUUAGCGAGAAAGAUAAGAAUGAUAUUUUGAAUUUUGGUAUACCGCAAGGGGCCAAUUUUAUAGCAGCUUCCUUUGUCCAGGAUGGCGAUGAUGUAAGGAGUCUACGUAAGCUGCUUGGCCCGAGAGGUCGCCAUAUUAAGAUCAUAUCCAAAAUCGAGAAUGAGUCCGGUAUGAAGAACUUUGAUGACAUCCUGGCGGCCUCUGAUGGUAUCAUGAUCGCUCGUGGUGAUCUUGGUAUGGAAAUCCCACCUGAGAAGGUCUUCCUCGCUCAGAAGAUGAUGACUGGACGAUGCAAUAUCCUGGGCAAGCCGGUCAUCACCGCUACUCAGAUGCUUGAGUCCAUGAUCACUAACCCCAGGCCUACUCGUGCUGAGGCUAGUGAUGUCGCCAAUGCCGUGUUGGAUGGAACUGAUGCUGUGAUGCUAUCUGGGGAGUCGGCAGGAGGGGCAUUCCCUAUACAAGCUGUGACUAUUAUGAGAAGGAUCUGCGAGGAGGCGGAGACCUGUAUUGACUACGAUACUUUGUUCCAGAGAAUACGUGAGACUGUUAUGAAUCAAAGCCAAGGGGUAGGCUGUGGUAAUUGUUCUUGUUAUUGUAGCACUCAGGGAUUGGCCAUACCAGAAGCUGUAUGUUCAUCUGCAGUGAAGGCUUGUAUUGAAUGCAACGCUAAGCUCAUCGUUGCACUAACUGAGACGGGGUCUACGGCAAAGUUGUUGGCGAAGUAUCGUCCGUAUCCACCAAUACUGGCCCUGUCUGCAUCUGAGUCUACUGUCAAGCAUUUGCAGCUAUAUAGAGGGAUCGUAGCCUUACAAGUGCCGUCUUUUCAAGGCACUGAUCAUGUCAUAAGGAAUGCUCUUGAUCACGCUAAGCAGAUGGGCCUAUGUUCGAUUGGUGAUAAGAUAGUCGCUGUGCAUGGUGUAAAGGAGGAGGUGAGCGGAUCUAGUAAUCUGAUGAAGGUCCUCGAGGUAGACUAG